CACAGCAGCAGCAGCAGCACAACAACAAAUACACAGAGUAAAAGGCGAAAAGAAAUAUUGUUCAACAAGUCAAACGAGUUCUUUUUGGCUCGCUUCGGCCGUGUGGCUAAAAAGAUACAACAACAUUGUGUGUUUGUGGCAGCGGGUUUUCGCCUUUGGUGAAAAAUAUUGGCAACAGCCGCAGCAUUUCAGCGGCUCAAAAGCAAAAGCAGCAGCACAGCAAAGAAGAGGCCACGAAAUAUUUGCCAUGGCCAUGCUGGAAGGAGGCAACCUCAGUCAGGGACGCUCUUAGCUCCUCUUCGUUUUCUUCCGAAAUAAAAUCCACCCCGAGUGGAUCCAUCAACCAUGAAAGCCGCAUUGGAUUCGGCAAACGCCAGGGAAACAGGGACAACAAAGGACUUUACAAUGUUCCAUCGAUGCCGGAGACGUUCCGACAGCAGCAGCAACAUGAUCAUCAUCAAAUUGAGAUCCUCGCCACCCGCCCUGCAUCCCUCGCACAUGCUGAGGAGCAGCCUGCUCUGCCUGCUGAUGAUCCUGCUCCUGGGAUCCACACAAGCUGGUUCCAGUGACAAGGAGAGGGAGCGCAAGCUGGAGGUCUUCGAGGGCGUGUCGGUGGACCAUCAGAUCGGUUAUAUAGGAGACUUUGACGGGAUCGACAGUGGUCCGCCCUAUAUCAUUGUGGCGGAGGCGGGCGUGGAAACGGAUCUGGCCAUAGAUCGAGCCACCGGGGAGAUCCGCACCAAGGUCAAGUUGGACAGGGAGACCAAGGCCUCCUACAGCCUGGUGGCCAUUCCCCUGAGUGGUCGGAAUAUUCGAGUGCUGGUCACGGUUAAAGAUGAGAACGAUAACGCUCCCACGUUUCCCCAGCCCUCGAUGCACAUCGAGUUCCCAGAAAACACCCCCCGGGAGGUGAAGAGAACUCUCCUCCCCGCCAGGGAUCUUGACCUGGAACCGUACAACACCCAGCGAUAUAAUAUCGUGUCGGGGAAUGUCAACGAUGCCUUUAGGCUGUCAUCUCACCGGGAAAGAGAUGGUGUUUUGUAUUUGGACCUGCAGAUCAGUGGUUUCCUCGAUAGGGAAACCACCCCGGGUUAUAGCCUGCUCAUCGAAGCUUUGGAUGGCGGAACUCCGCCACUCCGGGGAUUCAUGACUGUGAAUAUAACCAUUCAGGAUGUGAAUGACAAUCAGCCAAUCUUCAAUCAGAGCAGAUACUUUGCCACCGUGCCAGAAAAUGCCACCGUGGGCACGAGUGUCCUUCAGGUCUACGCCUCUGAUACAGAUGCCGAUGAGAAUGGAUUGGUGGAGUAUGCGAUCAACCGAAGGCAAAGCGACAAGGAGCAAAUGUUUCGCAUAGAUCCGCGGACAGGAGCUAUUUACAUCAAUAAGGCGCUGGAUUUUGAGACCAAGGAGCUGCAUGAACUGGUGGUGGUGGCCAAGGAUCAUGGUGAACAGCCGCUGGAGACGACAGCCUUUGUUUCCAUACGAGUCACCGAUGUGAAUGACAAUCAGCCGACUAUAAAUGUUAUCUUCCUCAGCGACGAUGCCUCGCCAAAGAUAUCGGAAUCGGCUCAACCGGGGGAGUUUGUGGCGCGGAUUUCGGUGCACGAUCCCGAUUCGAAGACGGAGUACGCCAAUGUGAAUGUCACGCUGAACGGAGGAGAUGGUCACUUCGCCCUGACCACCCGGGAUAACAGCAUCUACUUGGUAAUAGUUCACCUGCCACUCGAUAGAGAGUUGGUCUCCAACUACACACUGAGUGUGAUAGCCACCGACAAGGGAACUCCGCCGCUGCACGCCUCCAAAUCGAUAUUCCUGCGGAUCACCGAUGUCAACGAUAAUCCGCCGGAGUUCGAGCAGGAUCUCUAUCAUGCCAACGUGAUGGAGGUCGCCGAUCCGGGCACCUCGGUCCUCCAGGUGCUCGCCCAUGAUCGCGACGAGGGUUUGAACUCGGUGCUCAGUUAUUCGCUGGCCGAAACACCCGAGACCCACGCCCAGUGGUUCCAGAUUGACCCACAAACGGGCCUGAUCACCACGCGAUCGCAUAUCGACUGCGAAACGGAACCGGUGCCCCAGCUAACGGUCAUCGCCAGGGAUGGAGGGGUGCCUCCCUUAUCCUCCAGUGCCACCGUACUGGUGACCAUCCACGAUGUGAAUGACAACGAACCGAUCUUCGAUCAGAGCUUCUACAACGUUUCCGUUGCCGAAAACGAAGCCGUGGGCAGGUGCAUUCUCAAGGUUUCUGCCAGUGAUCCGGAUUGUGGAGUAAAUGCCAUGGUGAACUACACCCUGGGCGAGGGAUUCAAGCACCUCACUGAAUUCGAAGUGCGAUCUGCUUCCGGGGAGAUUUGCAUAGCCGGUGAACUUGACUUCGAGCGGAGGAGUAGCUACGAAUUUCCCGUACUGGCCACCGAUCGCGGGGGUCUCAGCACCACGGCCAUGAUCAAAAUGCAAUUGACGGACGUAAAUGACAAUCGUCCGGUUUUCUAUCCCAGGGAGUACAACGUAUCGCUGAGGGAAUACUCGAAUGCCCCGGCGCAAGGGGCGAGUACACCAAUUGUUGCCGUGGUGGCCACGGAUCCGGAUUCGGGUAACUUUGGCCAGGUAUCCUACAGAAUUGUCGGCGGCAACGAGGCGGGAAUCUUUCGGAUUGAUCGCUCCUCCGGAGAGAUUUUCGUGGCCCGACCGGACAUGCUCUCCGUUCGAACUCAACCCAUGCACAUGCUCAACAUAUCCGCCACCGAUGGCGGUAAUCUAAGGAGCGGUGCCGAUGCCGUGGUCUUUUUGAGCAUCAUCGAUGCCAUGCAGCGACCUCCGAUCUUCGAGAAGGCCAGAUACAAUUACUAUGUGAAGGAGGACAUUCCGAGGGGCACGGUCGUGGGUUCGGUGAUAGCUACGAGUGGAGAUACUGCCCAUCGCAGUCCUGUGAGGUAUUCCAUAUACUCUGGCGAUCCCGAUGGCUAUUUCAGCAUAGAAGCCAGUUCUGGAAAUAUACGCAUAGCUAGGCCCCUUGAUCACGAGGCCAAAUCCCAGGUGCUACUGAACAUUCAAGCCACCCUGGGUGAACCUCCGGUCUACGGACACACCCAGGUCAACAUCGAAGUAGAGGACGUCAACGAUAAUGCUCCGGAGUUCGAGGCCAGUAUGGUCAGGAUUUCCGUGCCGGAAAAUGCCGAGUUGGGAGCUCCUCUCUAUGCUGCCCAUGCCCACGACAAGGAUUCGGGAAGCAGUGGUCAAGUCAGCUACAGCCUGGUCAGGGAUUCGGGCAAGCGGCUUUUUGCCAUCGAUGCCAGAUCUGGCCAUCUGGUCUUAUCUCAGCACUUGGACUACGAGACCUCGCAGCGUCACUCCCUCAUUGUGACCGCCUCCGAUGGAGGAGUUCCGAGCCUCUCAACGAAUCUAACCAUCCUGGUGGAUGUCCAGGAUGUCAACGAUAAUCCGCCAGUUUUCGAAAGGGAUGAAUAUUCGGUGAAUGUAUCCGAAUCACGCUCUAUUAAUGCACAGAUUAUUCAGGUUAAUGCCAGCGAUCUGGACACGGGCAACAAUGCCAGGAUCACCUAUAGGAUUGUGGAUGCCGGAGUGGACAAUGUCACGAACUCCAUUAGCAGCUCGGAUGUGGCGCAACAUUUUGGCAUAUUCCCCAACUCCGGUUGGAUAUAUCUGCGUGCCCCGUUGGAUCGCGAGACCAGGGAUCGUUACCAGCUGACUAUUUUGGCCACCGAUAAUGGAACUCCAGCCGCUCAUGCCAAAACAAAAGUCACAGUUCGCGUUCUCGAUGCCAACGACAAUGACCCGAAGUUCCUGAAACCGAACUACGAAUUCAGGAUUGAGGAGAACCUCCGGAGGGGCUCCGUUGUGGGAGUGGUCACUGCCGGCGAUCUGGAUCUGGGCGAGAAUGCUGCCAUCCGAUACAGCCUGCUGCCGGCCAACUCCAGCUUCCAGGUGCAUCCCGUCACAGGUGAAAUCUCCACCCGAGAACCGCUCGAUCGGGAGCUGCGCGAGCUGUACGACCUUGUGGUGGAGGCCCGUGAUCAGGGAACCCCGGUGCGAAGUGCCCGCGUUCCCGUGCGCGUCCAUGUCAGUGAUGUCAACGAUAAUGCUCCCGAGAUUGCCGAUCCGCAGGAGGAUGUGGUUAGCGUGCGGGAGGAGCAGCCGCCGGGCACCGAAGUGGUGCGGAUACGAGCCAUCGAUCGGGACAACGGGCAGAAUGCCUCCAUCACCUAUUCGAUUGUCAAGGGUCGGGACUCCGAUGGACACGGACUGUUCAGCAUCGAUCCCAGCAGCGGAGUGAUCCGAACUCGCGUGGUCCUGGAUCACGAGGAGCGGAGCAUCUAUCGGCUGGGAGUGGCCGCCUCCGAUGGCGGAAGUCCGCCCAGGGAAACGGUGCGGAUGCUGCGCGUCGAGGUCUUGGACCUGAACGACAACCGCCCGACAUUCACCAGCUCCAGCUUGGUCUUCAGGGUACGCGAGGAUGCCGUCGUGGGCCAUGUGGUCGGUUCCAUCAGCCCCAGCGAACGUCCGGCGGAUGUGGUGCGCAACAGUGUGGAGGAGUCCUUCGAGGAUCUGCGGGUCACCUACACCCUGAAUCCCCUGACCAAGGAUCUGAUCGAAGCAGCCUUCGACAUCGAUCGCCACACGGGCAACCUGGUCGUGGCUCGUUUGUUGGACAGAGAAGUUCAAUCAGAAUUCCGGCUGGAAAUUAGAGCACUAGAUACCACCGCCAGUAAUAAUCCACAGAGCAGCGCCAUCACGGUCAAGAUCGAAGUGGCCGAUGUCAAUGAUAAUGCACCUGAAUGGCCCCAGGAUCCUAUUGAUCUCCAGGUGAGCGAGGCCACUCCCCUCGGCACAAUAAUCCACAAUUUUACGGCCACGGACGCGGACACGGGAACCAACGGAGAGCUCCAGUAUCGUCUGCUGCGAUAUUUCCCCCAACUGAACGAAAGCCAGGAGCAGGCAAUGCCGCUCUUCGGCCUGGAUUCCCUGACAGGAUCUCUGAGUCUUCAGGCUCCCCUGGAUUUCGAAGCUGUGCAGGAGUAUCUACUGAUUGUUCAGGCCUUGGAUCAAUCCUCGAAUGUGACCGAAAGACUUCAGACUUCGGUGACUGUGAGACUGCGAGUGCUGGAUGCCAAUGAUAAUGCCCCGCAGUUUGUUUCCCCGAAAACUGCCAGUCUUUUCAUAAGCGAUGCCACCAGAAUUGGCGAAAGUGUGGCCCAUAUUGUGGCCGUGGAUCAGGAUUCGGGUGACAAUGGUCACCUCACCUACGAAAUCACAGGAGGCAAUGGGGAGGGCCGCUUCAGGAUCAAUCCCCAAACGGGAAUCAUUGAGCUGGUUAAAUCCCUGCCUCCGGCCGCUGAGGAUGUGGAGAAAAGCGGACGCUUUAGCCUGGUCAUCAGUGCCAAGGAUAAUGGACAACCGGAGUCUAAGAAAAGCUCUCUGAAUCUUCAACUCAUCGUCCAAGGCAGCCACAAUAAUCCCCCGCGAUUUCUGCAGGCUGUUUAUCGGGCCUCAAUUUUGGAAAAUGUUCCCAGCGGAAGUUUCGUUCUGCAGGUCACGGCAAAGUCGCUUCACGGUGCUGAGAAUGCAAAUCUGAGCUACGAAAUUCCCGCUGGCGUAGCCAAAGAUCUGUUCCACGUAGACUGGCAGAGGGGCAUCAUUACAACCCGAGGUCAAUUUGACCGGGAGUCGCAGGCCAGCUAUGUCCUGCCCGUCUAUGUGCGAGAUGCCAACCGCCUGGCCACCUCGUCCUCUUCGGCGGUGCGAAAGCAACGCUCCUCGGACAACAAUGGAGAGGCUUCGAAUGGCCAGCACUUCGAUGUGGCUACUGUUUACAUAACCAUAGGAGAUGUCAACGACAAUUCCCCGGAAUUUCGACCGGGUUCGUGUUAUGGCCUGUCUGUUCCGGAGAACAGUGAGCCCGGUGUUAUUCACACUGUGGUGGCUAGCGAUCUGGAUGAAGGACCAAAUGCGGAUCUUAUCUACAGUAUUACGGGUGGAAAUUCGGGCAACAAAUUUAGCAUAGAUGCCUCUUCCGGGGAGCUGAGUGUUCGACCUUUGGACCGGGAGCAGCAGUCCAUGUACAGCCUGCAAAUCCAGGCCUCGGAUCGCGGACAGCCCAAGGGUCGCCAGGGACACUGUAACAUUACCGUUUUCGUUGAGGACCAGAACGAUAAUGCCCCCCGGUUCAAGCUGAGCAAAUAUAUCGCCAGUGUGCAGGAGGACGCACCAUUGGGCUCGAGUGUGGUGCAGAUCAGUGCCGUGGAUGCGGAUUUGGGCGUAAAUGCCAGACUCGUUUACUCGCUGGCCAACGAAAGCCAAUGGCAGUUCGCCAUCGACAGCCAGAGCGGAUUAAUCACCACCGUUGGAAAACUGGAUCGCGAGCUUCAGGCGAGCUACAGCUUCAUGGUUUUGGCCACGGACGGAGGACGUUAUGAAGUGAGAUCGGCUUCGGUUCCAGUGCAAAUCAACGUGCUGGAUGUUAAUGACAACAGGCCCGUAUUCGAGCGAUAUCCCUAUAUCGGUCAGGUUCCGGCUCUCAUUCAGCCAGGUCAAAUGCUGCUAAAGGUCCAGGCCCACGAUGCCGAUUUGGGCGCGAAUGGAGAGGUUAUCUAUGCCCUCAAGGCGGAAAAUUCGGCAGUGAGCGGAAAGUUCCGAAUAAAUCCCAGCACGGGUGCUCUGAGUGCCUCACAGAGUUUGGCCAGUGAAUCGGGAAAGCUUCUGCAGCUUGAGGUUAUUGCCAGGGACAAGGGAAAUCCCCCUCAGUCCAGCCUGGGUCUCAUAGAGCUCCUGAUAGGAGAAGCCCCCCAGGGAAUGCCGGUUCUUCGUUUCCAGAAUGAAACCUAUCGAGUGAAGAUCAAGGAGAACUCCCCAUCGGGCACAAAACUUCUGCAGGUUGUGGCACUUCGAAGCGAUGGUCGACGUCAGAAGGUGCAAUUCUCUUUCGGAGCAGGAAAUGAAGAUGGUAUAUUGUCUUUGGAUUCCCUGUCGGGUGACAUAAGGGUGAAUAAACCCCAUCUUCUCGACUACGAUCGCUUUGCCACGCCCUCAAUGUCGGCGCUCAAUCGGGGUAGAGCCCUUCAUUACGAAGAAAUGGAGAUGGAGGAGGCAUCAGAGGAGGAUUCGAGUAAUGCCACCCGAUCCCAAAGGGCCUUGACAUCCUCAUCUUUCGCACUGACCAACAGCGAACCCAAUGAGAUCCAUGUGGUUAUAGUUGCUCGCAGCUCGGAUGCUCCUUUCCUGGCCACCUACGCAGAAUUGGUAAUCGAACUGGAGGAUGAGAACGAUAAUAGUCCGAAGUUCUCGCAAAAGCAAUUUGUGGCCACCGUUUCGGAGGGAAAUAGCAAGGGCACCUUUGUGGCCCAGGUUCAGGCCUUCGAUUCGGAUGCAGGUUCCAAUGCUCGACUGCGAUAUCAUAUCGUUGAUGGCAACCACGACAAUGCGUUCGUCAUUGAGCCCGCCUUCAGUGGCAUAGUAAAGACUAAUAUCGUUCUGGAUCGGGAGAUUCGCGAUAUAUACAAGCUGAAGAUCAUCGCCACCGAUGAGGGAGUGCCCCAGAUGACGGGAACGGCGACCAUAAGGGUGCAGAUCGUCGAUGUUAAUGAUAACCAGCCCACAUUUCCGCCAAACAAUCUCGUCAGUAUCAGUGAAGCCACUGAGCUUGGAGCCGUCAUCACAUCCAUUUCAGCCAACGAUGUGGACACUUAUCCCGCUCUAACCUACCGCCUUGGUAGCGAAUCCAGCUUGGAGAUAGAGAACCUGUCCAUCUUUGCCCUGGAUCGGUAUAGUGGAAAGCUCGUCCUGAAGCGACGUUUGGACUACGAACUCCAGCAGGAGUACGAACUCGAGGUGAUUGCUUCCGAUGCAGCCCAUGAAGCUCGAACUAUCUUGACAGUAAAGGUGAACGAUGAGAACGAUAAUGCCCCGAUAUUCCUGGCCCAACAGCCUCCGGCUUACUUUGGCAUUCUGCCGGCGGUAAGUGAGAUAGGAGAGAGUCUCUCCAUGGACCUGGAGCUCCUGACAGUUAAUGCCACCGAUGCGGAUUCGGAGGGUAGUAACUCCAAGGUCAGUUACUUCAUUGAACCUGCCCUCGAAGGCUUCUCGGUGCACCCAUCAAGUGGAGUUGUGUCCGUCAACAUGAGUAGGUUACAGCCUGCAGUUUCGCCCAGCGGAGAUUACUUUGUAGGAAUUUCGGCCAAGGAUUCGGGAAAACCCUCGAUGAAGAGCUCCACUCUCUUGAGAGUUCAGGCCAGUGACAAUGGCUCGGGUCGUUCGCAAUUCCAGCAGAACCAGUAUAGGGCACACAUCAGCGAGGCAGCUCCUUUGGGCUCCGUGGUCCUUCAGCUGGGUCAAGAUGUCCUGGAUCAGUCGUUUGUAAUUGCUUCUGGCAACGAAGAAUCCACCUUUGAGCUGAUGCAAUCGAAGGCAAUUGUUUUGGUGAAACCUCUGGACAGAGAACGCAAUGAUCUGUACAAACUGCGAUUGGUUCUGAGCCAUCCCCAUGGAUCUGCACUUCCGGCGGGCGCGAAUUCUACGUCUGGCAUCUCGGUGGUCAUCACGAUUCUAGAUGCCAAUGACAACUACCCCAUUUUCGAUCGUAGUGCCAAAUAUGAGGCUGAAAUCAGCGAACUAGCCCCUCUGCGAUACUCCAUUGCUCAGUUGCAGGCCAUCGAUGCCGAUCAGGAGAAUACCCCCAAUUCGGAGGUGGUCUACGACAUAACCUCGGGCAAUGAUGAGCACAUGUUCACCAUAGACCUGGUGAGUGGUGUGCUCUUUGUUAACAAUCGAUUGGAUUACGAUUCGGGGGCCAAGAGCUAUGAGCUGAUCAUCCGAGCCUGCGAUAGCCAUCACCCGCGGCCUCUUUGCAGCCUGCAACCCUUUCGCUUGGAACUCCACGAUGAGAAUGACAAUGAACCAAGGUUCCCGCUUUCCGAAUAUGUCCACUUCCUGGCCGAAAAUGAACCCGUGGGCAGCUCUGUGUUCCGUGCUCAUGCCAGUGAUCUGGACAAGGGACCUUUCGGGCAGCUAAACUAUAGCAUUUCCCCAGCUCCGAGUGACGAGAGCUCUUGGAAGAUGUUCAGUGUGGAUGCGGAAAGUGGUCUGGUCACCUCGUCCUUCGUCUUCGACUAUGAGCAGCGGCAGCGUUACGAUCUGGAGCUGCAGGCCUCCGACAUGGGCGGCAAGAGGGCUAGGGUGGCUGUGCGCGUGGAGAUCGAGUCGCGGGAUGAGUUCACCCCCCAGUUCACCGAGCGCACCUACCGAUUUGUCCUCCCCGCGGCGGUGGCUCUGCCCCAGGGCUUUGUGGUGGGUCAGGUGACGGCCACCGAUGGCGACAGUGGUCCCGAUGGCCGAGUCGUCUACCAGCUGAGUGCCCCACACUCGCACUUCAAGGUCAAUCGGAGUAGUGGCGCCGUUCUGAUCAAAAGAAAACUCAAACUGGAUGGCGAUGGAGAGGGUAGCCUCUACAUGGACGGCAGGGACAUCAGCCUGGUCAUCUCCGCCUCCUCGGGACGUCACAACUCUCUGUCCAGCAUGGCCGUGGUGGAGAUUGCCCUGGAUCCCCUGGCACAUCCCGGUACGAAUCUCGCCAGUGCUGGUGGUUCCUCAGGUGGUUCUAUUGGUGACUGGGCCAUUGGCCUGCUGGUGGCCUUCCUCCUGAUCCUCUGCGCCGCCGCUGGAAUCUUUCUGUUCAUCCACAUGCGGAGUAGGAAGCCGCGGAAUGUGGUCAAGCCGCAUCUCAGCAGCACAGAGACAGUGGGCGUGGGCAACUCGAAUAGCUAUGUGGAUACCAGUGCCUUCGAUACGAUUCCCAUCAGGGGAGGAGGAAUCAGUAGUGGUGCGGCGGGUGCUGCUUCGGGUCAGUUUGCACCACCCAAGUACGAUGAGAUUCCUCCGUUUGGACCGCAUGCUGGCAGCUCGGGAGCGGCCACCACCUCCGAGUUGUCGGGCUCCGAACAGUCGGGUUCCAGUGGCCGCGGAUCGGCGGAGGACGAUGGCGAGGAUGAGGAGAUCCGGAUGAUCAACGAGGGACCGCUGCAUCAUCGCAACGGCGGCGGAGGGGCAGUGGGCAGUGAUGAUGGCCGUAUCUCGGAUAUAUCGGUGCAGAAUACCCAGGAGUACUUGGCUCGCCUGGGCAUCGUGGACCACGAUCCCAGUGGCGGCGGGGGGGCCUCCAGCAUGGCCGGCUCCAGUCACCCGAUGCACAUGUUCCACGACGACGAUGCCACCGCCCGUUCGGAUAUCACGAAUCUCAUCUAUGCCAAGCUAAAUGAUGUGACCGGAGCCGGGGGUUCGGAGCGAGGAAGCAGCGUGGACGAUGCGGGAACGACGGCGGGAUCGAUUGGAACCAUUGGAACGGCCCAUGGUCACGGGGUGAUGAGCAGCUAUGGCGAGGUUCCCGUUCCCGUGCCCGUCGUAGUGGGUGGAAGUAAUGUGGGUGGCUCGCUGAGCUCGAUAGUUCACAGCGAGGAGGAGCUGACGGGCAGCUACAAUUGGGAUUAUCUUCUGGACUGGGGACCCCAGUACCAGCCACUGGCACAUGUCUUCUCCGAGAUAGCUAGACUGAAAGAUGACACCAUUUCGGAGCACAGUGGAAGUGGCGCCUCCUCGUCCGCCAAGAGCAAACACUCGGCGUCGCAUUCGGGAGCGGGAAGUGUGGUGAUGAAGCCUCCCCCUUCGGCACCACCCAGCCACAUACCACCGCCCCUGCUCACCAAUGUGGCUCCGCGGGCCAUCAACCUGCCGAUGAGAUUGCCACCCCAUUUGAGCCUCGCCCCCGCCCAUUUACCCCGCUCGCCCAUUGGCCACGAGGCCAGCGGCAGCUUCAGCACCUCGUCGGCCAUGUCACCCUCCUUUUCGCCAUCCCUAUCGCCCUUGGCCACGCGGUCACCGUCCAUUUCGCCCCUGGGGGCGGGACCACCCACGCACCUGCCUCACGUCUCGCUGCCACGUCACGGCCACGCCCCCCAGCCCAGUCAGAGGGGAAAUGUGGGCACACGGAUGUAGAUGGAGAUGUAGAUGUAGAGUUUCGGAGCACAUAGUAUUACUUGCACCCACACUUACCACUCACACGAACACAGAAACACGAAACACUCACAGUAGAGCUUGAAAAAUAUCGAAACUAUCGAUAUUUUCGAUUAACAUGAC